AUGGCUUUCGAAGAAGAUCCACUGAGACAACAAACUGGUUCCGGUCCUACAAAGGCAGUUAAAGAUUCUGCUGGUGUCAACUCGCCAGGGACCAUCAAUGAGGUGGAUUCGAUGCCACAGUGGACUGGUACCGAGCACACCGUUAGAGUAGAACUGUAUACCAAAACUUUUGCGAGUUCGUGCUUUCAGCCUUAUGAAUCAAGCCUAAAAAGCGCUGAACUGCUGGAAAGCUUGGUAUUAGGUUCCAACAUGCGGAAGUUUGCAAUUGCUUCUGUGAAGACAAAGCAACAUAGUAAGACACCAAAUGCGGCGGCGGGAGGCGGCGUCAGCAGCAAGGUUAUUGCAAUGAUCUAUAAUUUCAAAGCAAAUGAGUCCAAAUUGAAUUCUGGCUCGUGGGAGAACUCCCUACCUGCACUCGAUAUUAAUAGCUCUGAGCUAUCUCCGCACGGCGAUAGCAACAACGGCAGCAACACGACUACUACUACGGCACAAUUGCAUCACAACGCCCCUAAUACGCCGCUGCGUCGUCACGACCCGCUAAACUCAUCGCGCACCUCAUAUAACGGCCUACAUACGCUAUUAAAUUCUAACACGCUUGCAGCACCGCUGCAACAAUAUCAAAAGCAACAACAGCAGCAGCAUCAUCAUCAGCAUAGUAAAAGCUGUGGCAGCCCUAGCAGCGUCAGCAAGCAAACUAACGAGGCGGAAAAUACCACAGCCGCCCUAGUUGCGAAUACAAAUAACACAAUUGCUGGCGGAAGUAUCAGCACCAACGGCGGCUCAGCGGCCGUUGGUGUAAGCACUGCAACUGCAAACACAGAUACCGCAAGCAAUAGCCAAAGCGCCGCAUCCACAAAUUCAGCUUCAAAGAAGCGUCUCGAACACAACGCCUCUACACGCUCCGUACAAUCCGAGGAUAGUUGGUGUUCGGAGCAAUCGAUAGAUCAAGAAACCAACGCCGCGAAUAGCAGCACACAGCACUCAGCUUCCGACGAAGAAGCAGCAACGGAGGACGAACGUGAACGCGAACGUGAACGCAGCAGCGUGACGUCGUUGAGCGCAACCAAUCAACGCAAUUCACAAUUGCGUUCCACACUCAACAAGGCCAAACAGCAUUUGUCCUUUGACAAAUGGCGCACGAGUUCCUCGAACAGUGGAAACGCUGCCAACAACACAUCCACGAAUUGCGCAAUAAAUUCGGCGGCCAGCAACGGCGCCGCUGAUAGCAGUGGCAGUAGCACGCAUACACGUCGUGCUAGCGCCUGCACCAUGCCGACAGCACAUCAAAGCGCUCGCGAGGAUCUCACCACACCAGGUGAGUCGCCAGGUGGGCGAUUGUCGCGCUGGUUCUCGAUACGGCGCGGUUCGUCACAUCAGUAUGAUGUGGGUGGACGAGAUGGCCGCCAAUCGGCAGCCUCAAGCAUUGAUAUACCGGAUUCAGCAGCGCUUUCAGCUUGCGGCGAUUCAGCGCAUGCAUCACCACAAAAGCUGAGCGCUAAUAAAAUGCCUGGUGUGCCAGAGAACGACGAUGAAGAGGCCGCUUUAACGUCAUCACGUUUCGAUUUAGAUCUAAUGUUGCCGCCGGGCAGUCGCGCCAAUGGCACUGCAAACAAUGCGCAUUCCCGCCUCAUUACGCCAAUGUUGCCACCCGCACCGCCAGGCUUAUCGCAGCAACAGCUGAAACGGCGUCACAUUGUGGCGGCAAUUGUGCAUAGUGAAAACUCAUAUGUGGCCACCUUGCAACGUCUAGUCAAUGAUUAUAAGAAACCUCUCGAAGAGAGCAACCCACCUGUGUUGAGCGCCUCCAAGAUAGCUACACUCUUUCAUCGCUUACCCGAAAUUCUGCAAUCACACAAACUAUUCCGCAUCUCACUCGCCGAAUGUGUACGAAACUGGGAUCGUGAUGAACGCUUGGGCGAUUGUUUCGUGAAUGCCUUCAGCAAGCCGCGCAUACUCGAAAUCUAUUCAGGCUUUAUAAAUAAUUUCUCUGCAGCCAUGGAACUCGCCAAAAUGGAAGAGAAACGCAAAUCAGCGCUAGCUGACUUUUUUAAAGUCAAACAAAUUAGCGCGCAUGAUCGUCUCUCGUUUUUCGGUUUGAUGGUGAAGCCGGUGCAACGUUUCCCACAAUUCAUACUCUUUCUACAGGAUAUACUCAAGUAUACGCCACAAGGUCAUCACGAUCGUAUGUCACUACAAUUGGCACUAACGCAAUUGGAGCUACUCGCCGAAAUGCUAAACGAACGCAAACGUGAAGCGGAACAAUAUCAGGGAUUCAAGGAGAUGUUGGGUCACAUCACCGGCACCUUCAAUGCACGUUCACUCACCUCGACAGAUGGUAAUCGGCCACGUUACCUGUUGCGCGAGGAUAAUGUCACACAUGUAGAGUUCAAUCAGGCUGGAUUUAUUGUGAAAUCGAAGCAACGUCGCCUGCUGUUGCUCAAUGAUAAGGUCAUUUGUGUUUCUGUCGCACCGAAGCAGUCUCAUGAUUUUGGCGCUACCGAGAAGCUGAGUUUCAAAUGGAUGUACCCCGUGACGGAUGUAGAAAUUGUGGAUAAUAGUACUUCUGCGACGCUAUCGAGAAUAUUAACUGCUGGUCUCAAUCGCGGCGGAAGUCUCAAAUCCAAUAGCAGUUCCUGCAACAAUAGUCACUCCAACACGCUGCCAAUUAAUUCUGCAUACUCACAUGGCGGUCACUCGCUCGACAGCUCACCAGCUGCACAACUCACAAAUGGCGCCGAUAAUCUCUGCUCAGAAAUGAGCACGCUCAUGUAUGACUAUGAAGUAAUCUCACGCAUACACGAUCUCGUUGGUACAUUGAAAGGCAAUUAUAAAGAGCUCAACACGAAUACCACCCGCAAUGUUCUAAAUACCAUACAAGCAUCCAUACAACGGAAAGAUGAAGAAAUGGCUUGGGUGGAUUCAUGUUGCCUACAAUUGAUAGCACGCAAUAAAUCGGGCAAAGAGGAAACCUACACAUUCCAGACACAAACACCGAAUGUGAAAAAGGAAUGGAUUACGGAGCUACGUUUAGCACAAUUGGCAUUAGAUCCGAAUAACUCGCCCGCCUGGGAAACGUCAACCACAACAGAGCCAACAGCUUUUGGCAAUAGCUACGAACAACAGCAACAGGUGAUGCAGCGACAAUCAACGAAGUUGCCACUUUUUGUUAAGGCGAUACCAGUCUAUAAGUCACAGCAUCAAACUGAGGUGCGCUGUGGAUGUUACUACACUAUCGCUAAUGACUUAAAGCUCAGCGGCAACGCACGUCGACGUCACAAGCAACAGAAUUACCUAUGGGUCUGCACCAGCGAUGGUACGUCCUCUCACAUAGCAGUGCUGUCGCAGCAUCAUCAACAAGCUGGUAAUCUUCGUGAUGUUGGUUCUUUCGACUUGGUCGAGUCACAAGUUAUCGCCAUGGAGUUCGUAAAGGGGCUGGAUAGCGGCAAGAAACGCGAGGAGCAUAAUAGUCUGCUAGGCGAUCUUGUUUGGAUGGGCACGGACAGCCGUAAGAUACUGAUAUACUCAGCACAAAAUCCCGAACAGGAAGAGCAGCUGGGCUGCUGCACUGUACCUGGCGCCGUAACUCGAAUACUCUAUCACUUUGAUGUCGUUUACGUGGCGCUCUCGAAUGCCAUAAUGCUCAUCUAUCGUCGUUCAUACGAUGGCGUGUGGAUGCUGAAGGAUCCGCAGGUAGUACAGCUGGGUGAAUCAGGUUUGCCAGUACCAAGCCUUUUGCCAAUCAAUAUGAAUAUUUACGCCUCAUGCGCGAAUCGCGUCUAUGUACUGAAUGCGCUGAACGGCGAGAUACAGAAGAGUUUUGAAGUGCAGCACGGCGCCAACCAACAGGUCAACUUGAUGGCACAUUCUGGCAUUGGACUUUGGAUUUCGCUUAAGAACUCUACUGUCCUGUGUCUUUAUCACACAGAGACCUUUAAGCAUUUGCAGGACAUAAACAUAGCUUCGAGUGUGUUGCGCAGUGACAGCAAGAAAGAACAGGCUGUCAAUAAUAGCUCCAUUUAUGUAACGGCACUCAUGGCCUGCAAGGGAUUGCUGUGGGUAGGCACAAAUGUUGGCAUUGCAGUCACCGUGCCGUUGCCACGUUUGGAAGGUGUGCCAAUCAUCAGUGGCGGAAUCAAUAUGUCAUGUCAUGCACACUUUGGUCCUAUUACCUUCUUGUUGCCGCUGAUACCACGCGUAUACCCAAGCCACAAACAACCACCGACACAAACGCUGCCUGUCGCCUUUUGCGCGGAGCCAACUGUUACGGCGCCAAGCAUGGGUGACGAUCUACAAUUGCCCGCAAUAGAUGCCGAUCCCAAAAAACUCACCGAAGCCGAUCUCGACGAAUCGACAGUGAUACUACGCCGCGACCUGCCCAAAGAUGAGUCUAUAUCGGGCACGGCUUCACCUUCAGCUUCGAUGUUGCGCGAGCUUAGCGUGGAUGGCGACUCAAACGCUUCGUCACCGCGUUGCUCCAAAUUGGACAAGCAGAAUUCAUUUGAUCAAUCGUUAUCGAAAAUACGUGUUUCACUCAUAAACUCUCCCGCUUUCCAUCGCAAACGUUUCCGCGAUCUAUCCUCCGAUUCGGCGCGCAUGGCCAAAACACUGCCACGCGGUUUCAACACAAGCAUGCACUCAAACACCAGCACUCUCAAUCACGGUGAACAUGGCUGUUGUGACGUCUACGGUCUGUAUGGUAAACUGAUUUUCGUGAAGGAGGACUACGAUGCCGAGGAGGGCACGCAGGGUAAUCUCAUGGACAUGAUGUACGAAGGCAUGCGUCGCUCCGACCCCGAACUGGCUGCCAUACCUGGCAAGGUCAGCACGCUUGAUCGUCGCCUACGCAUGAAGGCCUCACGCCCACGUUCACUCGAUCUGUCCAACUGGUCGGUGGACUCAAAGUCCUCCAGCUUGUAUACAUCAUCGGGCAGCGAGGAAAGCAUGGGCAUUCGACUAUUCGGCGGACGUUCAGUAUCACGCAACAGCAGCAGCGCUAGUCACAAAACCUCAGGCAAUGGCAGUGAUUUGGGUAACAUAUCCGAGAAUGGACUAAUGACCACCGCCGAAAUUCAGCAACAUCACAGCACACCCAAGUCGGAAGAUGGCUUCAAGUUGUUGGACAUAAAACAAGCGAAGAGUACUGGCAUAAGCGCUGCCACUGGAGCAUGUACCCCACCGCCAGCCGCCGCUGUGGCGACGCUCAAACGUAAACAAAAGCAAACAAACAAACAACAGCAACAGCAAAAUGCUGACGGGCCACGCACAAUUCUUACGCUAAUGGGUGGACGCGGCUAUUGGCGACAUGUGUGGUACAACAAUGCACAUUCACCUGGCAGCGGUAGCGGUAGUAGCAACAAAGCGGCGACACUAAGUAGUGGCGCCUCAUCACCGUUAAUCGCUAACUCGAACGAUGCGCACAUCGUGGUGUGGGAGAAAAAGUUAUAAUCUCAGGAGUUCGAGUGGCGCCCGUUGCAACGCAUCGGACGUCGCAGUCGUGUACGUUUCCGAGGUAGUUACAAGUCGCGUGAGCGAUACAAUGGUCCUACAACUAACUGUGGGCUAGGCGUGUUGAGCGCAAGCACACUAAAUAUACGAGGCAAGGACGGUAGUAGUGGUGGUUUUUCGGCAAGUAGCAGUGGUAUGGGAUUCAAGCGAUUUGCGAAGCUGAAACGUGGUGGCAGUCUGAAGGAGUUUUGAAUGAUUCAAAAUCAAUUCUUAACGGUAGUAGUUGUAAGUUUAAUGAAUUUAUUUUUUUUUAAUGAACUAAAGGAAAUGUUUCAUUUUGUGUAAAAAAAAAAUGAAUAAAUAGUUAAAUUUAAGCUGUACUGAAUUGUAUUGAACUUGAUGUUUACUUGUUGUUGUUACAUAGAAAUCACUUAAAGAAAAUCAAAACAAACAAGAUUGUGCAACUGAAUUAUAUAAUAGAGCGAAAAAUAGUUUAAUAUACAAACACACACACAUGCUUACACAGAUAUUGCAUAUAUAUGUAUAUACAUACAUAUUCAUGUAAAUAUAUAGUAUAAAUUUAAAGUACUGAAUCAAAAACUGCUGAAUGUAAACCAUAUUUACUUGUAUAUAUGGGUCAGGCCAUGUGAAAUCGACCAAUGGUUGGAAUCGACCAUUUUUGGUUUAGAUGAAUUUUUGUUAGAAAUUUGUUUGCACGAAGUUCUACCAAAGUUACGCAAAACUGUAAAUUUCACAAUUUCGGGGGCUUUACAAAUGUAUUUUUUAAAUAUCUCGAAAACUAUUUUAUUUAAAAAAAUGGUCCUGGUCUCAUUUUUAAGGUGAUACUUAGGGCUAUAACGAAAAAAAUAUAUAUAUAUAAGGAACGCAAAAGGUGAGAAAAAUUUACGGAAUUUGGAAUUAAAAAACUCGAAAAAGUAAAAUCUUAUACAAAUCUAUAACUAAUUUUCUUAUGCAAUACCUCUAACUGAUCUUAAAAAUCCUGAAAUUUUUAAAAUGAUUUUUUGAAGAUAUGAAUUUUUGAACUUUGAACA